AUCUUAUCUCACUUCAAACUAUUCAGUUCAGAAAAACACCCAUCAACAUUUUCGAUACCAAGAUGCCGUCCACAUUAGCUUCAUUCCAAUCCGCUCCUAUGAGCCGUUCGAGCACUUCUUCAAGUUUGACAAGUUUAGAAUCAGAUCCACCUAGUACCACACUAAAGAAGCCAUCUAUUUCCGCCUCUUCGUCAACCGAUCAAAAACCAAAGAUCACGCCGCCAACAUCACGAUCCUCCAAAACUAAAACUCGUCCUCCUCUUCCUUAUCCUACACCUGAUAUCAAACCCUCUAUCAGCAACACUCCUCUACUUUCAACACAACAUGCCAAGCCUUCCAAAAAGACUUCCAAGCAGAUAGUGCUCACUUCAUCACCAUUUCCCAACUUUCCACAUCCAACAUUAUUCGAAUCACAAGAAGUUUGUAAGAUCUUGAGUAACCUUCAUGGUGGCACACCAAAGCGCCCUGAGAAAUCGUCAAAUCAAAUCAGUCCUAAUCCCAAGAUCAAUAAUUUAGGAACAGCCGAAUCAUGCGGUGAAGUUUCAAAUAUACUUGAAGCUUUAAUCCGUACGAUUUUAAGUCAAAACACUUCAACAUCUAAUUCGAAUCGUGCUUAUUCAAAAAUAAUAGAAAGAUAUGGAAAUGCCAAUUUUGAAGAUAUUAGAAAAUCAGGAAUAAAAGAAUUAACUGAAACCAUUCGAGUUGGUGGUUUAGCAGAAAGAAAAUCUAAAGUGAUCAUUACAAUCUUAAAUCAAAUCAUAAGUAAGGGUGAUGGUAUCUUAUCACUUGAUAAAUUAAGAUUAAUGAGUGAUGAACAAGUAAUGCAAGAAUUAGUUGAAUUUGAUGGGGUAGGUAUCAAGACUGGCGCUUGCGUUAGUAUGUUUUGUUUGGGACGUGAUACCUUUCCAGUAGACACUCACGUUCAUCGAUUAUCCAAAUCACUAGGUUGGGUACCACCAAAAGCCACUCGAGACCAAACGUUUUUCCACCUUAACCUUCAACUUCCAAACGAUCUUAAAUAUGCAUUACACAUCCUACUCAUUCGCCACGGUCAAAGCUGCCGACAAUGCUCCCCUACAUCCAAAGCACCAAUUAAUCCAACUAACAAAUCCAAGAAAAAAAUUGCGGGAACAGAGCUUGAAUGUCCAUUGACAAGCUUCAUGACGAGUAAAUCAUGAUCACUCCCUUUCAAAGUCGGGUGAUUCCUUUGGAGAUGGUUUGUUCGACCUGUCAUUGCAUUUUAUCACCCAAUUGUGACAACGAGCCCAUAUUGUUGCGAAGUUUGCAAAGGUUUAGGGUACCCAUUCUCAAUUGGCACGCUGUUGUCAUUGUGUUCCCUAGUGUGAUACACAGGCUCGACAGCAAUGUAUACGUGAAAUAUGUGUUCUAGUUCAUUUCUUUAAUAACAGCCUAGAUUUGAUGCAUGAUAUACUUCACACUAACUACCUACAAAACAAUCACGAGAAAAAAACUCUCAACAUGGGUCCAUCUGAACUCUAUUCCUUGUUCCACUUCUAUCUUUAUGAAUCGACAUGUCACUGUGACAAUAAUACAUGAUUCCAAUCUAAAAGAAUCAUCCGAAAGUGCAAAAACAGAGCCGAAACGGUUUUAUAUUACUU